CAAUCAAACGUUCUCAAACCUCAGGACGCGGAAGUCACGAAAGGGUGCAGUUCCUUCAUGUAAAAAAGAAAAUGGGCUUGGAUGUUCGCUGUCUUCUUUAGGGCGUCUGUUUGCAUAGUUUAUGCCCGUCUGGAAGCACUCGACCAAGUGUCCGCGUAGGAAAGUUGCGAAGUGUUGAACGACCGCGGUGACAGCGAGCGCUCCGUGUUAAGGUCACAACGACCGCAUCCUGACUUGCUCUCAUUCCGCCCGCGCUCGCCGGUUUCCAGCACAACAUCUUACUUCCUAGGCCGGAGAACACUGCGAAUCCCACCAUCCCACAGAAAGUUGGCCUCACAGAAGAUCAAGGCAGUGGAAGCUCUGAGAAAAUAAUCCUGCAAUGUCGAACUUCUGGGUUUAUUUCGUGCUUUUUGUAUCUGGAUUCCUUGAGAGUCUCUGUAAUAAUGCAACAAACACCUCCGACGUUAGAUUACUGCUUGUGUCUUUUGAUGGGUUCAGAGCCAGUUACCUUGAACGUUAUGCAUUUCCUAAUCUUCAGAAGAUGAUCUCUGGUGGAGCCCUUGUCAAGCAUGUGAAAAAUGUGUUUGUUACCAAAACCUUCCCAAAUCACUAUUCCAUUGUCACAGGACGUUAUGCAGAAAGUCAUGGUAUUGUAGCCAAUUACAUGUAUGACGCAGCCACCAAAAAGAAUUUUUCAACCUUUUCAGAUAAAGAUCCAUUUUGGUGGAAUGAGGCCACUCCAAUAUGGGUAACUAAUCAGCGACAAGGUCACAAGAGUGGUGGAGCAAUGUGGCCUGGUACUGAUGUGCCUAUACAAAAUACACCCCCAUCCUAUUACUUGAACUAUAACCACAGUGUUCAAUUCAGAACGAGAGUUGAUCACAUUAUAGAAUGGUUUUCCAAUUCAACAGACCCCAUAAAUUUUGGUACAUUAUACUGGGAGGAGCCUGAUUCCACUGGACAUCGUCAUGGACCCGACAGUGAAGAAAUAAACAAAAUAUUGAAGGAAGUGGAUGAUAACAUUGGCUAUUUAAUGGAUCAACUUCAAAAAUUUGGACUGUCGAACAUAGUCAAUUUAAUUAUCACCAGUGAUCAUGGGAUGGCACAAUGUUCUGAGAAGAAAGUUAUACGACUGGAUAAUUGCAUUGGACGUGAUAAUUACACUCGGAUAACCUAUUCUCCAGUGACAGCUAUACUGCCAAUUACAAAUGUACAUUACGUAUACACGUUGCUGUCAAAAUGUGAUAAACACAUGAAGGUUUAUUUGAAAGAAGAUAUCCCAGACCGUUUUCAUUACAAGCACAAUACGAGAAUUCAACCCAUUCUUCUUGUUGCCGAUGAAGGAUGGACAAUUGUUCAGAAUGGAUCACUCCCACAAUUGGGUGAUCAUGGUUAUGACAAUGCUUUACCGAGUAUGCAUCCCCUUCUGGUAGCUCAUGGACCAGUAUUUCGAAAGGCUUAUAAAACCGACUCGAUCAACAGCGUUGAUGUCUACCCACUGAUGUGCCAUAUCCUAGGACUGAAGGAAGAGCCCAACAAUGGAACUUUCAGAAAUGUACGAUGCAUGAUGGCCAGUGAGUCCUGUGUGAGCCUGCCUGACGUGAUUGGAAUUGUGAUUGGCUCCUUAAUGAUAUUGAUUACACUGUCCUGCCUUAUAACACUACUGAAGAAACGAGUAUCAUCACCUCAUCGUGCAUUUGCACGUCUUCAGUUACAGGAUGACGAUGAUGAUGAUCCUUUGAUAGAUUAAUUUCAAGACUGUGAAGAGCUAUGAUGGUCAGUGAAAUAUUUUUCAUUGACAAAAGCCAAUGUGAUUUAGUACUCCACUUCACAAGUUUAAAAACCAACUGCUGUCGUACCAAAAUAAAUGUAUCCCAAAUAUGAGACAACUUUGCAGGGAAUAAUAAGUACAGAUCCUAUUAAAUUAAGUAAGAUUAAGUAAUUUCACCAGCCAAUGUACUUGAUUACUUCAUGGCAAAAUAUGCUUGGUAAUGGCAAUUAUCAGUCGAAGUUGUAUUAACUUAUCAGAGCUGUAGGUAUGUUCAGACAGGUCAUUUUAUUUCAAAAUGAUACUGAGGGAAUGUUGAAAGGAAAAAAGUGAAAUGUUACAUUUAAGAUAGUUGCUUUAGCUGGAACAUUUUCAGAAGUUAUGGUUUGCUCCUGUGUACUAAAUCAUUUAGUUUUAAACUUAUUAUCCAUCUGUAUUUAAAAUAUUGAAUUUUGCCACAAUCGGUGAAUCUGCAGAACUAUAGAAGUUGCUUGACUCUAAAGAUAAGCAAACACGUUAGUUAUUUAAAGCCGAUUUGAAGCUAGUUUUUGUAUGGGGAAAGUUAGGUUAUAGUUUUAUAUUAUCAAAAAUACAUCACUGAAAAAUGCAGUAAAUGUAAUUAAGAUUUUUAAACAAAU